GAGCGGGCUGAAAGGAUUGGAACGGAUGACAGUUGGGAAUCGAGAUCACGUGCGCAGUACGCGCCGAAUCUUGGUCGUAUCAUACAUUCUGUGGGAUCCAUAUUGAUCACUGUUCUCCUUUGAAUAAUAACAGCUCCAAAAUGGCUUCCAAUACGCAAAGAAGCUGCAACGUCCGCAUCCUAAUUCGUUAUUUACCUCGGACGGAGGAAGUAGGCGGAGUUGAUAUCGAGUAUCGCCGAAGUCCCUUCGUGAGCAGAUGAGUAAAGAACGACAAAGCCAACAUUUACCCAUUUGAAUACUGAAUGUGGAAAUUAAAGUGGAAUUAUUCCAAUAUUAUAACAGUUUGAAAUGGACCAGCCAGCCUAGUAUAAGUUAAAUUGUUACCAUAAAAUAAAGGGAUCCAGGAAAUUAAUAAUUUCUUGAACACAAGAGCGUAAGGAACAGGAGUAGGUCAUUCAACACAUAAACCCUGCUCUGCUAUUCAAGAGGAUCAUGUCUGAUCUGAUUGUGCCCUUACAUCCACUUUACUCUGUGCUCCCAAUAACCUUCAACAUUCUUGCAGAUAAAAAAAAUCUCACUCAGCUUUGAAUGCAUUCAUUGAUCCAGCCUCAAAUGCUGUCAAUGGAAACAAAUUCCAAAGAUCAACAAUCCUCUCAGACAAAAAAAAUUCUUCCUGAUUUCAGAUUUAACUGAGAGACCACCCAUUUUCCACACAUGGGAAAGUAUCCUCUCACUAUCUACUUGUCAAGUUCUCUCAAAAUCUUUUGUAUUUCAUUAGGAUCACCUCUCAUUCUUGUAAAUGAGUAUAGACUUAUAGAUGUUUACAGCAUUGAAGGGCCCAGCAUAUAUUUGCCUUGUAAACAAGUCUUCCUUAACCUAGGAAUCCGUCUAGUAAAUCUACAUUGAACUGCUUCUAAGACAAGUAUAUCCUUCCUUAUGUAAAGAACUCAAAACUAAGUACAUCCUUACAAUUCCCUGUUGGUUGUCCCAAGACUUAUUUUUAUACUCCAUCUUCUUGCAAAAAGGUCCAACAUUCUGUUUACCUCUCUAAUUACAUGCUGUACCUGCAAGCUAACUUGUGAUUUUUGUUCUCGUGAACACCCACGUCCUUCUGCACUAUGACAAAAAAGUUGAUCGAUACUAGGAAUUGAUCUCCACAUAGAAUGGUGCAGAUUGAAACCUUCACUUUAAGUGACAGUUAGAUGCAUCAAAUGGAGAAAUAUGUGAUCGUUUUGGAUGAAUAAAUUUUGACUGAAUGGUAUUUCUCACCUAUAAAUACGUUGUGAUCUAAUGAGCAGCAGUGCUUGAACUGUUUAUAUAGUGCAUCUUUUCAAAUUCCUUGAAUAAAGCUUUUCUGUAACAAAAUCAUCUCCAGAAAUCUCUGUUGGAAUUAGUUUAACUCAGAGUUCACUUUAUAAGUGUCCUUUUGCAGUGUUUCAAUAUGUGUUCGUUGAAUAUGUAUUGCCAUAGUUACAUGGAUGCAAAGAAAAGGACCAAUGAAAUAAUUCUACAUCUCCUCCACCAGGUGGCGUUUAAAGGCCUGAGUAAUAAGGCCUUAAACCUACUAAAUAGGAAAACGAAGGAGUCAAAACAGUUUCACUCGAUCCGCACUUUUCUGCUAAUCUGUAUGGUUAAUUGGGGUCAUUUACAAACUGAGAAUUGCUCUGUUAUCGCGAGGCUGAUGAAUUUCAGAAGCUAAUCGUCUUCCUUUCUUGAGCAGAGAUUUACUGCUACAACUAAAACAGGAGGAAAAGUUUUUUUUCAUUAACAUUUGAUUUUGAUUUAACGAGCAAGAAGAAUUUGGGAGAACAGUGAGAGAUUUCGCUUUGGAGUUAUCUUUUCUGCAACAGGUUGUCACUUCUUGUGCUUUUUUUAAUUCCUCAAAAUACUCCAGACAAAAGCUGUAUUAACAGUUCAAGAAAUCUGUCUGUUAAAGCUGCAGUAUUAAUCCAGUACUGUUUGUGAGAAAAUAUUUGGCAUUGAAUAUUUUAAAAAUGGGGAAAUUCCUGUCAAAGAUUUUUGGAAACAAAGAAAUGCGAAUUCUGAUGCUUGGCCUGGAUGCAGCUGGAAAGACUACAGUACUAUAUAAACUCAAAUUGGGACAGCCUGUCAGUACAACUCCAACUGUAGGCUUUAAUGUGGAGACUGUGACUUACAAAAAUGUUCGGUUCAACGUCUGGGAUGUAGGUGGUCAGGAUAAGAUCAGACCUCUUUGGAGGCACUAUUAUACAGGGACCCAGGGAUUGAUUUUUGUGGUGGACUGUGCUGACAGAGACCGCAUUAAUGAAGCCAGGCAAGAGCUUUAUCGCAUCAUAAAUGACAGAGAAAUGCGCAAUGCUAUUAUUCUGAUCUUUGCAAACAAGCAAGACCUGCCUAAUGCCAUGAAACCCAUUGAGCUCCAGGAGAAACUGGGUCUGAAUAGAAUUCAAGAUCGCAACUGGUAUGUUCAGCCUUCUUCAGCAACCACUGGAGAUGGACUGUAUGAAGGGCUAACUUGGCUGACUUCUAAUUACAAAACAUCUUGAGAACAAAAUUAAAACUUCAGAGAUGCUGUGUAUGAACUCUAUACUCGUUUUACUUUGCAACAGAGUGGAACUGAUUCAAAGAAAAGUUGCUUUUAACAAUAUAGGAGGAAUGGCUAUACCAAUAUAAGAGCAACUUGGCACUUGGUAAAGAUUUGCUUAUAGCAACAUUAUUAUCACAGUUAGCUUUUAUUAUAUGGUAGCUUUGAAGUGUCAGAUUGACUAAAGGUCAGAUUUUUGUUUUCAGUGUUGAUCUAUUAGCAGAAUCUGUAUUGAUACCUGGCAGUUCGGUGACAGUGUGUGUGCUACAUUUAAUGGAUAAUCUGUAAGAAAAAGUAUUAAAUUUACAUUAGAAGACUGUUAGUGUUUAUAAAGAACUUUAGAAGUUUGCAAAAAUGCAACAAUAUACAGUUGUUUUUAUUCUCCAAUAUUGGUGAACAUUUAAGCAUCAUAUGUGCUAAAUGUUUACUUCAGUAAUAAUAUACUACAGUAACAAAUAUCAUGUUUAUUUUGGAAUGCAUGAAAAUCCUUAAAGCUACAUUACAAAAAAAUUUUCAGGUUUUGAAAUGCAGAUUUAAUAUCAUUGGUUUCUGAGAAUGAAAGAAGUACAAGUCCUUAUAAAGUAAACGUUAGAAGUUUACUGACACUGGUAUGGAAACAGAAACAAUAUGCUGUGGUAAUAUUACUGUUUUACUAUACUUAAAAGUGUGAAACAUCAAAGAAAUAUUAGAGUGGAUAUAUUUAUUUUGAUAAUUUGUUCAUGAAUAUUCUCUGUGAUUCAUAAAAUAACGUGAAAUCCUAUCAGGAAUAAAGUGGGAGAUUGCACAAUUGGAAACAAAAUUAAUGUACCUCAUGACUGAAACUCGUCUAUCACUGAGUUGCCUCACAAUUGAUUGUGUGAACAGUACAUUUGAUACCAUCAAUAGAGAAUGGACUUGAGCAAUUACUGAGUCUGAAUGCAAGUCGUUAUAAGAACGAAAGGAAACACUGGAAUUUAACCAGAUUCUGUUACAAAAUUGAGAAUUUGGAUUUAUCUAGAACUUUUGUGCAUGGCUUAUGAAUGAAAUUUUUGUGUGCUUUAAACUCAGCUGAGCUGCAUUUUUCUAUUUUAGUAAUGGCACAACAACCUCAUUUUUCAUUGUAUCACAUUUGUUUGUUUCAAAUUUGAGUUUGACUUAUGCAUUGUUAACUGUUGCCAUGAAACAGCUGAAUGACCACACUGUAAUUUAUUUAUUGACUACAAGAAAUAUUAGUUACAGGAGACCUUUAGUACCGGUGCUUCACAAAAUACUUUGCUCUAUUUAUAUAAAGUAUUAUUUUUGUUUUAGCAUUUGAACAUUAAUUCAAAGUUACAUAUGGUGACAAAUGCAGGAUCAAUAUCCAACUCUACUAAGCUCCUAAUUUCAGCUUUGUCACCAUAGGAAGGCACUACAAAGAAGGCAAAAACUGUUGGAAAAUUAAAAGAAGCGUUGUGCCUUUGUAGCUCUUGCUAGCCUCUUGGCAGUUGACUCAGAGGUAAAUGAGCUUCUAAAAAACUGGAAGUAAAUCUUCCACCUGCCAUUACAGUGCCAAGUACUGCAAGUUAGAGAGCAGGGAGGGAGAAAAUUAAUUAUGCGUUUUGAAAAAUAAAGCUUUGAUACAUUUUUAUCGUACAUUCUCGUUGGCUAGCUAUCAAAGUACAAUUGUUUCCAUUUGCAAGUAGAUUUUGAGAUGUCAGAUCAAAUCUGGAAUUUCUUUGGACCAAUUUUGUCUUGAAAUCUUAAUUAUAAGUUAUUGGUUCUUUUACAUUUUUUUAGGCAAAGACCCUGAAUCUUUUGAUAAACAAUAUAAUGCUACCCAAUAACAUGGAUCAUAAAUCCACUGAACUAAAAACAGAAAAUGCUGGAAAUACUGUAGUCAGUCAGGUAGUAUUUGACGACAGAGAAGCAGAGUUAACAUUUCGGGUUGAUCACCAUUUCACAAAUUUAACAGCUUCCAAGAAAAUUCAAAUAAGGGUCUAAAAGGAAGAAAAGGAGGGGGAAGAGGGCUCUGCAGUGAUGGUGAUAGGGGAUAUAUUCAAAGGUAAGGAAGGUCUCUGUUGGAAUGGUGGGGUAAGAAUGAUUAAAUAAGACCAUAAGAAGUAGGAACAGGAGUAGGCAGUUUGGUCCUUUGAGCAUGCUCUGCUAUUCAAUAAGAUCAUGACUGAAUUCAACACUCACGUACACCUUCCUACCAUUUCCCCUCAAAAGAUCAAAGGAAUGAUGGCAAUAGUGCAAGUAAAUAAUCAAAACAUUGAUCAGGAGUAAUUGUAAAUGGUAACAGCAGAAACAUUAUCAGCCCCUGCUGUCUGUAGAGAUAUGAUGGCAGAAGUUGUGAUUUAAAGUUACUGAAAUCAGUGUUGAGUCUAGAGGGUUGCAAAGUGCUCAGUCAUGGAUGAGAUACUGUUCCUUUUCUUUUCAUUGGAAUGUCUAAGAGUCUGUCUCAAUUAUAACAGCUUAGGGACCAAGGACAGAGAGGUCAGAGUAGGAGUGAAGUUAUCAAUAAUACGUCUGUGCACUAUUUGCAAUUAGAGUCAUUGUGGUCAGAUUGAUAACCAGUGCUGAUAAUUGAUUUUUUAAGUGCUUGUUUAAAACAAAUUAAGAAUAAGUUAUUAGCAGGAAGGAUGGACUUGGAAAUAUUGUAAAUUCUUAGCUUCAAUUGGGAAAUCAUGGCACAUUAGGAAUAUUUUAUUUUUGAGCAAGAGUGGUGAUAUGACUAAUGCAUUGAUGAAUGUUUGAUGCUAAACAGAAGUAAAUGAGUUUCCUCAAGAUAAUUAUAGUUAGAGCACCUAGAUAGGCACUAAAUAGAGGUUGCUUACCUGACAAGAAUUCCAACUGGAACAAUUUUAAUUCAAAUUAAUAUGGUCCAGAAACAGAUUGUUCCUCUAUUUUCUUAAACAAAAAGUGAAAUUUGCUGUGGAUAGGAAAGCUUCAGCAUCUUUAGCAGAAACAAUAUAUUCAACAUACAGAUUAUAAUAAAAGGCAAAAUUCUAGAUUCAUAAAAGUUUCAUUUAUUUGACAUUUUAACAUUUUCCCCUAUGAUAAUUUCCCAUUAUUUGUGUAUCUAAUAUUGAGAAUUUUCACAGCAGAAUUUAGAAGAGGUCUCUUAAUGUUUAUUUAGCCACAUGAGGUUUUAUUAGCAUUUUUGUACCAAAAUAGCCUAUGAUUCAUUCUGGGUGUUUCUGGCAAACUAGGUUAGGAUUUGGCCUUUCAUUCUUGGACCUGAAAUCAAUUCCAGCCCAGACUAAUGGCAAAUAUCUCUCCUGACAACUAGCUGUAAACUGAAUUCUAUGAAAUGAAUUUGGAGUGGUCUCAGUCCAAUUUUAGAGAUAGAAGCUAUAAAAAUAUCACACUGAUACGAAUGGUAUGUUUUACUGAGGUCAGCAAAAGAUAACUUGACCAUGUUACCGUAUUAUAUCUGGGAUUAUUUGCUAAAAUUGGAGUCUGAAAUACAAAAUGCUCCAUGUCCCAGCACCAAUAUUCUUCACUAUGAUGGCCACAAAAUGCAAAUAAAAUUAAUCUUUUUCAUUAAAAUAUUCAAAGUAAAUGUUACAACUGUGGCUCUUGUUGUUCUCAGUUUGCAGAGUAACUAAUCUUCUAAAUAACAAGAAUAUUUGAAAAGCUAUAUGAUGAAAAAGGUCAUUGCCACUUUUAAGGGAUUUUUGGGCAGAUCAAAAACAACAGUAUUGGAAAUACUAGUCACCAUUUUUGCGAGCAUGAAAAGUGCUUUAAGUUCAGAUGUGACGUUUGUUUCAGUGUCAGACUUUAUAAUGUGAUUUUAACGUUAUUGUCUUCAUAUUUGUUUAAAGUUUUUUUGGUGAAAUAAUUAGCAGGGCUGACAUUAUUACAUCUAAUUGCAUUUCCUCUGUUUACUUACCAAAGGAAAUAAUUACCAUAGCAACAGUGAUAUUUUUGAAACUGCUAUUCUGAAGAUUUCUCUGUUAUGUGUUGUUUAGACAGCAACCUUUUUGGUCAAGUUUAAUCUGAAAAUAGUGAUCUGUCCACGUAUAAUUUUAUACAUUAGGCCAUCAGUAAAUAGUUUAGUUUUUUUCUUUGAAUAAAUAAUGAUAAAAUAUAGUACAAAAUAAUAGUAAAACUGUGAUUAAGGAAAACUCAUAAUUAUUUUCCCUUUUGAUGCCCCUCGGAAAAAUUUGCUAGCUGUACUUGUAUUGCAUUAAGCCUUAUCACCCAGAAGCUUCAUGGUUAUAUUUCCAGUUUGUAAAAUUAGCUGAUGCAAUAUUUGUCAUGCUAAAUUGGGCUGUGACUCUGGGCUGCGGGUUUCAAAUCAAAGUAAGGGAUUGUUUUCUCAUUGCUCGUUGAAUUUCAUGUAUGUUCCAUGUGUACAGAUAAUUAUGAGGACUGUAAAACGUGGGAACACAACUGGACAAUUCAGUGAGAUCAUGGCUGAUCUGAUGGUCUUCAACUUCAAUUUCGUGCCUUUACCCUAUAAGCUUUGAUUCCCUUAUUGUUGAAAAAUCUGUCUGCUUCAGCCUUGAAUAUAUUUAAUGACCCAGCCUUGACAGUGACUACGGCAAAGAAUUCCACAGAUUCACUAGUUUUUGAGAGAAAACCCUCCUCUCUGCUUAAAUGUGCAACCCCUUAUCUUGGGAUUAUGUUGUCUGAUCCUAGACUUUCCCAUAAGGGGAAACCUUCACCUCUCCACUUCUAUCCUGUCAAGUCCUCUAAGAAUCUUGUGUUCAAUGAGGCCACAUCUCAUGCUUCUAAAUUCCAAUGAGUACAGGCCCUCUUUACCCUCUUUAUCAGUCAAGUGAACCUUCACUGGAUUACUUCCAAUGCCAGUAUAUCUUUCCUUUGAUAAGGGACCCAAACUCUUCACGAUAUUCCAGCUGUGGUCUGACUAGUGCCUUAUGUAAAUAUAGCAAAAUGUCCCUAUUUUUAUACUCCAUUCUCUGAAACAAAGGCCAACGUUUCAUUUGCCUUUCCAAAUAGCUGCUAAACUUGGAUGCUAGCACUUUGUAAUUCAUGGAUGAGGACUCCAAAAACCCUCUCUUCUGUAGCUUCCUGCAGUCUUUCUCCAUUUAAGUAAUAUUCGGCUCCUCUAUUCUCCCUGCCAAAGAACUUGACCUCAUAUUUUUCCACAUUAUAUACCAUCUAUCAAGUUUUCCCCAUCUAUCUAUAUUCUUCUAUAUUGUCACCUUGCCUUCCUACCUAUUUUGUGUCAUCCACAAACCUGGCAGUAGUACAUUCACUUUACUUAUACAAGUCAUUAAUAAAUAUUGUAAAUAAUGGGGGCCCCAGUACAGAUCCGUGUGGCACUCUACUCAUUACGGGUUGCCAUCCUGGAAAUGCUUUUAUCCCAACUUGUCUUCUACUAGUUACCAAUUCUCUAUUCAUGCUAAUAUACUAUCCCCAACAUCUUUGGACCUUAUCUAAAUGAGUAGCCUUAUCUAAAUGAGUGGCUGCUUUCUGAAAUUCCAAAUAUGUUACAUUCGCAGCUUCCCCUUUAUCCAUCCUGUUUGUUACCUUCUCAAAGAACUCUCGUAAAUUUAUUAGACAUGAUUUCUUCUUUAUGAAGCCAAACUGACUCUGCUUUAUAACAUUAUGCCAUUCUAAAUUCUCUGCUCUAACAUCCUUUCGAAUAGAUUCUAACAUUUUCCAAAUAACAGACGUUAAGCCAACUGGACUGUAGUUACCUGUUUAUUGUCUCAUUCCUUUUCAAGUAAAGGUGUUGCAUUGGCAAUUUUCCAAUCCUCUGGGAUUUCUCCAGAAUCUAAGGAUUCUUGUAGGAUUAUGACCAGUGAAUCCACUACCUGUAUAGCUGCAGGUAGUGAAUGCACAGAGGGAGGUGAUGGCCUUGUGGUAUUAUCACCGGACUGUUAAUCCAGAGACCCAGAUAACGUUCUGGGGACACAGGUUUGAAUGCUGCCAUGGCAGGAUGGUAGAAUUUGAAUUCAGUAAUUAUCUGGAAUUAAGAAUCUGAGUCGAUUGUCAUAAAAAACCCAUCUGGUUCACUAAUGUCCGUGAGCGAAGGAAACUAUCAUCUUUACCUGGUCUAGCCUACAUAUGACUCCAGACCCACAGCAAUGUGGUUGACUCUUAACUGCCCACUCAUCCUGUGAAUGAAUUAAAUAAGAACUUCCUUUAACUUCCUAGGAUGCAUCCCAUCAGGUCUACAGGACUUAAAGGUUUUUAGACACUCAGUUUUCCUAGCAUGUUUUCCCUAGUGAUAGUUAUUACGUUUAUUUCCUCCCUUCCUUUGCCCCUUGUCAUAUAGUAAUGACCAAGUGCUAUUAAUGUCUUCUACUUUGAAGACUGAUGCAAAGAAUUUAUGGUUCCCCAUUACUAUUUCCCUUGCAUUGUUCUCUAAAAGGCAUACGUUGGUUUCUCUCAUCCUUUUGGACAUAUUUAAAGAUGCUCUUGUUUUUUGCAGUAUUACUGGCAAGUUUCCCCUCAAAGUUUAUCUCCUCUCUCUUUAUUAUUUUUGGUCGUCUUUAGUUGAUUUUUAAAAUAUUCCACAUCCUUAGCUAACAACUAAUCUUUGCUACAUUAUAGGUUUCUUUUCUCUCUGUCUGAUGCUAUUCUUAAAGCCCUUGGUUAACCAUGGUUGGUAUAUCCCCUUUCUAGAAUCCUCCUUCCUCAUUGGAAUAUGUCUUUGCUGUGAGCGUGAUCUGUUUUCUUAAUGUCUGCCAUUGUUCCUCAACUGUCUUUGCUGCUCAACUCCUUUCCCAGUCCACUGCAACCAGCUCUGCAGCUAUUCCUUUGUAAUUAGCCUUAUGUUAGCUUAUCGCAGUUGUCUGCAACCUAAGUUCCUCCCUCUCAAACUGAAUGCUAAUUUCUACUGCGGUGUGGUCACUGUUUCUGACAUAAUUUGACAUAAUUUAUUAAACCUGUCUCAUUACACGUCACUAGAUCCAAAAUAACCUGAUGCCUGGUUGGAUUCACAACAUUUUGCUCCUAGAAACUGUACAGAAUACUCUAUAAAUUCUUCUCAUGUCUUCAAUCUGACUAUCCCAAUCUACAUUAAAGUAAUCCAUAAUUAAUGUGCUUCCUUUGUUACAUGUCCUUGCUAUCUCCUGAUUUAUUCUGUGUCCCACCAUAUAGCUGCUGUUAGGAGUCCUGUAGAUUACUCCUACCAAUGUCUUAUCUUCCUUUUUAACUUCUUACCUCCACCCAUAUGGAUCCUACAUCUUCUGAUGCGAGAUCAUUUUCUAUUAUACUUAUUCUAUCCUGUACCAACAAUGCUACCCCACCAAUGUUUCUUUCCUGCUUGUCCUUUCAAAAUUUUGCAUAGCCCUGAAUAUUUAGUUCCCAGCUUUGAUUUCCUUAUAACCAUGUCUCCAUAAUGGCUAGAAGCUCAUAACCGUUAAACCUGUAUUUGAGUCAUUAGUUCAUUUAUUUUGUUCCAAAAACUAUGAUCAUUAAAGUAGAGAACCAUUAAUUUUGACUUGUACCGACUUUUAUUUUUCUCCCUUUGACCUAGUGUACUGUUGUUUUCCUAUGUUUGCAUACUCUGUCCCACUCAGAGUAUCAAAAUCAGCCUCAGUUAUGAUCCUCCUUUCAGUUGAAUAGUUUAUCCAUACUCACUGCUCAGCUCAUGCAUGAAGAAGUAUAAUUUGAAUAAGGUAAAAGUCAAUGGUCUUCAUCAAUGUCAACUGUACUUGAGAAUAAGGAAAAGAGAAAAUCAUGGGAAAUAGCUGCAGCAUAUUUCAAAUAACCUGCCUUUUUAAAAAAAAAUUAUAAACAAAAUUUUCUAAAACAGGAAUUAUUGUGACUUUGGUCUUUGUUUCAGUUUCUGCAGUUCAGUUCUUUUUAUUAAACUAUUUUGUAACAAAUGAUGACAUGAUGGUGAAGUUAUUAACAUUGUUAAGAUGCACAAC